AUGGCUUCCAACGAACCCGCUGAUCCCAUCCCCAAAGGCUCUUGGGCCACCGCCAAACAGGCGUGGGGGGACCUGUUCAUCUGGAAGCAGCGUGUGGAAGUCACCAAUGAGUACGGGGAGACCCGAACCGAAUGGCAGGCUCCCGCUCCCAUCGAGAACCCAAUCAGUCUGUGCAUGCAGUUGAGCGCGCGCGACUGGCUGUUCUUCCUAGUGGGAUUGGCAGCCUGGACGGCCGAUGCCUUCGACUUCCACGCGCUGUCUAUCCAGACUGUCAAGCUGUCCAAGUACUAUGGCCGUUCCAAAACGGACAUCACGACUGCCAUCACCCUGACUCUCCUGCUGCGUAGUGUGGGUGCCGCCUUCUUCGGUCUGGCCGGUGACAAGUUCGGCCGCAAGUGGCCUAUGGUCUUGAACAUGAUCGUUCUGGGGCUGCUGCAGAUUGCCACCAUCUACAGUCACACGUUCCAGCAAUUCCUGGCUGUGCGCAGCUUGUUUGGUCUGUUCAUGGGAGGUGUGUACGGUAAUGCUAUUGCCAUGGCCUUGGAGCAUUGUCCGGUCAAUGCCCGUGGUCUCAUGUCGGGAAUCCUCCAGCAAGGUUAUUCGAUGGGAUAUGUUUUCGCCGCCUGUGCCAAUCUGGGUGUGGGCGGCAGCACGGAUAGUUGGAAGACCGUGUUCUGGAUCGCAGCGGGAAUCUCCAUCGGUGUCGGGGUUAUUCGAAUUUUCUUUCCCGAAUCUAAGCAGUUCAUCGAGGCCAAGAAGGCCGGACAUAAGUCGAAGGACGCCAAGGCAUUCUGGCAGGAGACGAAGCAGAUGUUGCACCAGGAGUGGAAGAUGUGCGUCUACUGCGUGAUUCUGAUGACGUGGUUCAACUACUACUCGCACACCUCUCAAGAUUCCUACACGACCUUCAUGUUGACGCAGAAAGGCAUGGUGAACUCGCAGGCGUCGCGCGCCUCUAUUCUCAUGAAGACAGGCGCCUGCGUCGGCGGCACGAUUAUCGGAUACCUGUCGCAGUUCUUUGGACGGCGGCGCGCUAUUAUCGUGUCGGCCUUGGUGUCCGCGAUUCUCAUCCCGGCGUGGAUCCUGCCCACGUCAGAGCGGUCGCUCAGCGCGACGGGGUUCUUCAUGCAGUUCUUCGUGCAGGGGGCCUGGGGAGUGAUCCCGAUCCAUCUGAACGAGCUCUCACCGCCGGCCUUCCGGUCCUCGUUUCCUGGUAUCACGUAUCAACUUGGAAAUAUGAUCUCGUCGCCGUCGGCGCAGAUCAUCAACGCCAUUGCGGAGAAGACGUUCGUGAAGGGACACUCUGGGGAACCGGCGCCGGCGUACGGGCCUACGAUGGGAGUGGCAACGGCGAUUAUUGCGACGGGGAUCGCGGUGACAACGGCAUUUGGCCCGGAGAAGCGUGGCCGACGGUUCGAGACGGCAGUGGCUGGGGUGGACACGGCAGUGUCGAAGGAUGUAGAGGCAGGGUAUGAGAUGGAGAAGAGGGUUGAGGAGAGGGUUGAGCGUGCUGGUUAA